AAACAUCGGACACAUAUCUACUCCCCCGGUUCGCUCCGUGUCGAACGACCCGUUUCAUCAUCUUCAGAGAGGCAACACAUCCACAGCAGGUGAACUUCUCCGCUCUGGGAGAUUUAAGUCAUCCCCCCGAAGCCGUGAGUCAGAGCUGCUGGAGCUCCGGGCUGAGACGAGGCUGCUGGAGACAGGAACUGAGAAGACUCCCAGUUAAAGCUGCCGGGCUACUGAAGACAAAGCUCCGCACACUUUUCUAAAGAAACCGGCAACACAAAAAGAAAAAACUUUAGGCUUUUUUUUAUUUUCUCCCCACCCAGCGAAGGGUUUUUAAAGAUGUCUUACUUUUGAACCCAACCACCGGGAGCUCUGAGGGAAAUCCUUCCAUCGUCGUCAUCACUGACAACAACAAAAAAACACAGACAAAGAAGAAAAGAUAAAAUACCAUGGAGUCGGAAAAGAAAUUAACCUUCCCGCUGCUGAUGAGCGUCGGCACAGCGGUGAUUGGCUCCCUGCAGUUCGGCUACAACACCGGUGUCAUCAAUGCCCCCCAAAAGAUCAUUGAGAACUUCAUCAAUGUGACGUAUGAGGCGCGCUACCAGGAGCCCAUUAGCAAAAGCGCCCUCACCGCCAUCUGGUCCAUCGCCGUGUCGAUCUUCUCUGUCGGCGGCAUCAUCGGUUCAUUUUCUGUCGGACUCUUUGUCAACCGCCUGGGAAGGAGGAACUCCAUGCUCAUGGCCAACAUUCUGGCCUUCAUCGCAUCCGCCAUGAUGGGCUUUUCAAAGAUGGCGAACUCCUGGGAAAUGCUCAUCAUUGGUCGCUUUGUGGUUGGCCUCUACUCCGGCUUAUCCACCGGCUUUGUACCCAUGUAUGUGGGGGAGGUCUCCCCCACAUCCAUGAGAGGUGCCCUGGGCACCCUGCACCAGCUGGGCAUUGUGCUUGGCAUCCUCAUCGCACAGGUGUUUGGAAUGGAGAUGAUCAUGGGAAACAGCGAAUUGUGGCCCCUCCUCUUGAGCUUUAUCUUCAUUCCAGCCAUACUUCAGUGCAUCCUGCUGCCUUUGUGCCCAGAGAGUCCUCGUUUCCUGCUAAUCAACAAGAACGAAGAGAACAAGGCCAAGACUGUUCUAAAGAAGCUGCGAGGCACCACAGAUGUGAGCGCCGACAUGCAGGAGAUGAAGGAAGAGAGCCGGCAGAUGAUGAGAGAGAAGAAAGUGAACAUCCUGGAGCUUUUCCGCUCGUCGCUCUACCGCCAGCCCAUCAUGAUCGCCGUCAUGCUGCAGCUCUCCCAGCAGCUGUCCGGCAUCAAUGCUAUCUUCUACUACUCUACACGCAUCUUUGAAAAGGCUGGGGUGGCGCAGCCUGUCUAUGCCACCAUCGGAGCCGGUGUGGUUAACACUGCUUUCACUGUUGUGUCUCUCUUUGUUGUAGAGCGUGCCGGGCGGCGGUCUUUGCACCUCCUGGGGCUGCUGGGAAUGGCAGGAUCUGCCAUCCUGAUGACCAUCGCCUUGGCUCUGCUGGAGAAACUCAAAUGGAUGUCCUAUUUGAGCAUCGUGGCCAUUUUUUCCUUUGUCGCCUUCUUUGAGAUUGGACCGGGUCCCAUCCCGUGGUUUAUCGUGGCAGAGUUGUUCUCACAGGGACCCAGGCCUUCAGCCAUGGCAGUAGCUGGUUUUUCCAACUGGACGGCCAACUUCAUAGUGGGAAUGGGCUUCCAGUAUGUCGAGGAGCUGUGUGGUCCCUACGUGUUUGUCAUUUUCACCAUCCUGCUGCUCUUCUUCUUCGUCUUCACUUACUUCAAAGUGCCAGAGACGAGGGGCCGGACGUUCGACGACAUUGCCGCCGGGUUCCGCCAGACGUCGGCCGGGGGGGCAGUGAAGCACUCGCCGGAGGAGCUCAACAGCCUCGGAGCUGAUUCGCAGCUCUGAGCGCCUUUAAACUCUCCAACAAACUCUCACAGAGAAAACAAAACAAACACUCUGUCACCACAUUUCUGGUGUUGUCACUGAGCACAGAGCAAACCUGUAUGAUCCUCCGACGUGGCGCCUUCUGUUCCUCCUCUCGUUUCGGGAGAAGAAACAAGAACUCAGCGGGGCAAAUGCCGAUAGGGUAGUUGAAGAUAGACGGGGAGCGUUUUUAUUAUUCUAUAGAUCCAACCAGCCUUUUUUAAAGACUUUUUCCACUGAAUAUUAUGUGCGUGUUAUACUGUAAUGCUAUCACUGUAGACUGUAAUGCCAACACUGAACUCUGUAGAUGCUGCACAGCUCCGACAUCUGUCCACCAGAUGGGGCACUGCCUUUACAAAAGAUGUACCACAUAGAAACAAUGUGAACAAUCAUACAUAUGUAUAAACAUAUGUGUGAAUGUGUGUGUGUAUGUGUGUAUACAGAACGUAUACUGGUUACAUAUGUUUGAUUCGAAUGGCCGUCAAAAAUCUUGAUGCUCAUUUUAUCAUCUUAGCAUCAUUUUUGGUUUCAAAAGACAUUUCAUAGGUCAAAUUGAAUUUUAACAAACAUGCAUGAGAGUCCACCAUUCCUUUGUUUUUUUAUUUGUUUUUAUUUCACACCAUUCCUCUUUUACACGCACUGAUGGUCGUGUGGAUUUGGGACUCUGUAGAUCUGCACAGGUCAGCAACAAACUGCCGAACCUGUCAGCGAAAACCGGUUUUAAAUAAAACGUCUGAAUUUUACCAUGAUACUAGCGCCCGCUUACAAGGAGCUGCCACAAAGCCAAAAACAUGUCUCACAAAAGCCUGGAUGUUUGCGAGUGCAAGUGCCUUCCUGAAGCAAUCCGGCCACCCCAGCCUUUCGCUGCUAUCACUGUGGACUGGUCUCCGGUCAGACCGGCCCGAACCAGACUUGAAGCUUCAGUCAGAGGAGGAUCUUCAGUCUCGAGGCUUCCGGCGGAUCUUUUAGGGUCCGACGCUUUGGCUCGAGGAGCCGCAUUGGUCAUUUCACACAGUCAGGAGCUGGUCCUGUGUGGCGAUGCACGAAAAAAGAAAUCACGUGGACCAAAAUGAAUGUCAGCCUUGUGGAGGAUUUUUCACUAUCCUGAAGGUUUUUCUUGUUCGAUAUCCCAGCAGUCUUUGCAACCCCGGUGGACUCCUCUGACUGGGAUUGCUAGGGUUGUGCUCUGCUUUCAGUACUGAACUCCGCAGUAUAAUGUAGUUUGCAUUCUCUUGUGGUUAUGUCCUAUACUUUGCUCACGUCCUGUUGAUAAAAAAACAAAACAAAAAAACUUUGCCAUUCUCUACACGUCGCUGUCUGUUUCUGCUGUAUUCUUUGUUGAAGUUUUCUUCUCAUCAUUGAGUUAUCUUUUCAGCUGCACUUUAUUAUUAUUAGUAAUGUUUUUUUUAAACAAACACAAGUGGAUUCAUUUGUCUUUCUAGUCACUUUGCAAGUGCCUGAGAUGAGACUGCAGAACUGUGUGUAAAUCCGUGCAGAUCUGUGAUGUAUGUUACAUGGAAUGAAGUCGAUAUGGCAAGAUUGACAUUGAUUCAAAUUCAGCAAAAGAAGGCAAUUUUGUUUUAAUCAUUCCAGGAUUUCUUGUUAGUUAUAUAUAUAUUUUGUGUUUAUUGAAAGGCAGAACUUUGCAUUGUAACAUCCACUCUCUUUGCUUUCUGUGUGGCUAUCACAACAUUCACCAGCAAAAUCAGAAGUCUCACUACAAAAGAUAUACUAACCCACACAGACUGACAUCUAUUGAUAAUAUUAAAACUGUAUUUAUGUAUAUAGAGUUACAUAUUUGUGUGGGCAUUGAUUUCUGUAAGUCACUUGUCGGGUUUCAUGAUCCCAGUUGGUGAUUGAAACGAUGAAGAUGUAAUAAAUGUGAAAAACACAUUUGCUAAACACAUAACUAUAUCCAUAAUUACAUACUAAAUAUAUAAACAUAUGGAUUCAAUUUUUUAUUUCGUAGAUAAAUUAUUAAUAGUUUAGGCUCGUGUGAGGUGGUCUGACACCUUGCUUUAGGAUAUUGGAGUUGUAGUGUGCUAACGUGAUUUUAUGGAAAAUGUGUAAAGAGUAUUGUUACAUUUUAAGUGCACAAAACAUUGUACGGUUUGUAAUUAAAAGAAAAUGUGUGUAGCGUGGGAAUUUGAAACUGUUGGGAUGUCAUGAUUGAGAAUGAUACUGUAAGUCACUCGUGAAAGUUUUAUUAAACUAAUUAAAGAAAUCAUAUAUUCAAGUCUAAACAUUUUUUGGUGAGGGUGCAGGGGUACAGUUGUGUCUUUUCUUAGAGAAAUUUGUAAUUUGAGUUUGAGGGAAGUACAGAGUG